GAAGUGGGUGGUUGAAAGUGAGGUUAGUGCGAAAAAUUGGGGUAAAACAACCCGAAUUGGCACAAAACCGUCAACUUGACGCUCUGGUCGCUCAUUGCGGUGGUUAAAUGCCACGUUUCGUGUGCAAAUUGCGUAAAACAAUCAUUGAAAAUUUGAAUCGCGCGCCUUUUUUCGUCAUUUUUCCCCUAAUCAAAGUGUGUGUGAAACCACUAGAAACAAUCGAAAAAUGUGUGUUUUUUAGUGAAAAUGGCGUGUUUGGGGCCCCCUAGUCCAAAAUCGCGUUUAAUUUCAAUUUGGCGCUCCAAAAGUGGCGGAAACUCUCAUUUAAGUGCGCAGUACUCGUGCUCAGAUCGCGUUUUUGGCCUUUAAUGCGCGCAGUACCGGUUUUCGCCGUCUCACACAUUUUCCAAGUGUUUUGCCCAAACCCAACAUAUUUGACUCGAAUGUGGCAAAGCUUGAGUGAAAUAACCCAAUUACUAAAUCGCAUAAACAUCUUCAAGUGUCCAACGACUUGAAUCUCCACAAUCGAGACGGCGCCAUGAGUUCUGGGAGCAUCUGCUACAAGUGCAACCAGCCGGGGCACUUCGCCCGCGAGUGCACGCAGCCGGGGGGCCGCGAAGGGGGCCGCGGCGGCUUCAACCGCAGUCGGGAGAAGUGCCACAAGUGCAACAAGACGGGGCACUACGCGAGGGACUGCAAGGAGGACUCGGCGCGCUGCUAUCGCUGCUACGGCGAGGGCCACUUCGCCAAAGACUGUCUCCAGAGCCCCGACAUGCCCUCGUGCUACAACUGCAGGAAGCCGGGGCAUAUCGCGCGCAGUUGCCCCGAGGGGGGCGGCGUCGCCAACGAGACGUGCCACAACUGCCAGCGGCCGGGGCACAUCUCGAGGAACUGCCCCGAAAACACGAAAAUCUGCUACUUGUGCCACAAGCCGGGGCAUCUCAAGCGGGACUGUCAGGAGAACGAUUACAGGAAGUAACGUUGUUUUUAUUUGUUGUAUUUUAUAUUAUAUACGUUAUGAAAUUGUCUGUUUUUCCUCAACUAUUGUUAUGAACCGAUGUUUCUUAUUUAUGUUUCCUAAAUGGGGGUUAUUAUAUUCAAUUGAGGUUUUUAUGUAAUUGCAAACUAUACUAAAGGUUUUAACACUUAUUUUGGGCUCAUCUGUCAGUUCCUUCCCGAUAAAGAUGGCGUGCAAUCGUUAAUUCGAUUUUUUUUUACGUUUAUUUAUUUGUCUUGAUACAAGACGUCCCAAAAUUGUAAUUAUUUUGAUAACGAUUUACAUUUUAAAUAAAAUACUUCAAAGGGUAUUUGAGUUUAUUCACUUAUUUUAAAAGAAGUAAUACAGACAAGUAGAUUUGAGGCUUAAGAUGGUGGGUAGGUGUGUUUAAUUAGGAAUUAUGUAAAUAAAACGUUUUUAAUGCUUUUUUUAA